AUGGGUGACGUUGCCACCGAAGGCAAGCGGCCUGACUGGGCAAACCUCAAGGUCCUCCACAGUAACACUCUGGAGCCACGCUCGCAUUUCUACCUGUACAAUUCAGAAGCCGAUGCCCUCUCCCGGGACAUCAGCAAGGCCAAGGCACAUUCUCUGUCUGGCAAAUGGAAGUUCCAUCUCUCCAAGAGCCCAUUCGAAGCACCAGAUGGAUUCCACGCCACAGGCUUCGACAGCUCGAAAUGGAGCGAUAUCGAAGUGCCGGGCAUGUGGCAAAUGCAAGGCUUUGGACGAGGACCUCACUAUACCAACGUCCAGUUUCCGUUCGUCGUGGAUCCUCCGAACCCGCCCUAUGUGGAGAAUGAAUGCGGAUCGUACAUCACCCAUUUUCGAGUGCCUGAGCAUCUCCAUGACCAUCAAUUGAGACUUAGAUUCGAGGGCGUGGACUCUGGCUUCCACGUAUAUAUCAACGGAGAUGAGAUUGGCUACUCACAGGUUGCACGGAACCCAUCAGAGUUCGACGUGACCAGCUAUUUGAAGCAGGGACAGGACAACCUUCUGGCCGUCCGAGUAUACCAAUUUACGGAUGGCUCGUAUAUUGAGGAUCAAGAUCAAUGGUGGCUAUCUGGAAUCUUUAGAGAUGUCUUUCUCCUGGGCUUUCCAAAGAAGUCUCGCUUCGAGGACUUGUCUGUCCAGACUCUCUUGGAUGAAAAGUAUGAGAAUGCCACUCUCAAAGUAUCUGCGAGCAUCUAUGGCUCGGCAGAGGUGAGGCUGAGGCUUCUUGAUGCGUCUGGUGCCGAGAUUGCGAAGUCAUCGCAGACUUCUUCAUCGCAAGAGGUCGACGAUGUCAACUUCUCGAUCCCGGUCGACAAUCCGCACAAGUGGACAGCAGAAACUCCGUACCUAUACAAACUGGUGCUGUCAUUAGGCGAGGACCAAUUCGUGUCCCACCGCGUUGGAUUCCGUGUGGUAGAGUUGAAGGACGGUCUCAUUAAAGUCAAUGGACAGAGGGUAGUGUUUAAAGGCGCUAACCGACAUGAGCAUCACCCACUCUCAGGACGAACAGUGCCGUACGAGUUUAUGAAAGCAGAUUUGUUGUUGAUGAAGACACACAACCUCAACUCUCUUCGGACCUGCCAUCAGCCCAGCGACCCUCGCCUUUAUGAUCUCGCAGAUGAACUAGGAUUAUACGUGAUGGAUGAAGCAGAUCUCGAGUGUCACGGCUUCGAAACGAUUGCCGAUGCAGCAUUGCCUCCUGACGAGCAAUCUUUGCCAUUCUUCGAGAGACAGAAGUUGACGAGGACCAAAGCAGCACAGUGGACAUCUAACAACCCUGAUUGGAAGGAUGCGUACGUUGACCGGGCCAAGCAGCUCGUCCACCGAGACAAGUUGCACCCAUCAGUAGUUCUUUGGAGCUUGGGGAAUGAAGCAUUCCACGUCAAGGGUGGGAACCACACUGCCAUGAGAAACUGGAUCAAAGACUAUGAUUCCUCUAGACCGAUUCACUAUGAGCCAGAUUUGACCGCGGAAGACAUGGACAUGCAUUCUCGAAUGUACCCAAAUGUCUCUGAAAUCAUCGAGUUUGGAAAGGACUCAUCGAAGAAGAAGCCUUUGGUGCUCUGCGAGUACAUUCAUGCGAUGGGCACUGGACCUGGAAAUAUCAAGGAAUAUGUUGAUGCUUUCUACCAGUACGAGAAGCUUCAAGGAGGCUGGCUGUGGGAGUGGGCGAACCACGGACUACUCACCAAGACCAAAGACGGCAAACCCUUCUAUGGCUAUGGCGGUGACUUUGGUGACGUUCCAAAUGAUUACAACUUCGUGAUGGACGGCGUUCUCAACUCAGAUCACUCACCUCGGAGUGCUCUGAUAGAGUACAAGAAAGCUGUGGAGCCAGUUCAGGUCGUGUCCAGCUCCACAAGAUCUGUCAAGAUCAUCAACAGACUCGACUUUGAGACGUUGGACUACCUCCAAUGCUUCGCGACUGUGGUCACUGAAGAUGGCUCAAAGGACUUAGGCCAAGUCAAUAUUCCUGCGAACAUUCAGCCUGGAACAAUAGCCGAUAUUGAGCUGCCUAGCGUGGCUUCCGAUGCCACAAAGGAGACGCUUGUGGACCUCAGCUUCAAAUUGAAAGACGAUACACUCUGGGCGGCAAGCGGCCAUGAAGUUGCCCUUCUUCAGAUACCAAUUACUUUGCCUGCCAAAGUUGAAUUGGCGGAAUCAGCUGACAAGCCGUCACUGAAAGCGAAGAGCGUUGGCACAAUUCUUUCGAUCGAGGGCGAAAAUGUGCAGUGGGAACUGGACACUGUGCGAGGACAUCUGAGCUCGUGGAAGAAGAGUGGCAAAGCAAUCAUCUCUCAACCUCUCGAGCCCAACUUCUACAGAGCCUUGACUGACAAUGAUGCUCCUCGCGAUGGACGCGAUUGGAAAGACCGAGUUCUGCAUCUUGCGAAGACUGAAACACGGAGUGUGGAAUUGCACGACCACGAGGAUCAAGUUACUAUUGUCAUCCACCAGAGAUUCGCUCCCCCUGUGUUGUCUUGGAGCAUAAACCUGGUGACCAAGUACAAAUUCACAUCAUCAGGGGCCGUUUCGAUCAAUGUGAAGGGCACACCGCAAGGUCAGAACCUACCGAAGACCUUGCCAAGAAUCGGAGUGACAUUCGGUCUGCCGCAGGAGUUUCAGCAGAUCAAGUGGUUUGGUCGAGGACCCGGUGAGAGCUACAAGGAUAUGAAGCUCUCUCAGCGUGUGGCCAAGCAUUUCGUGUCGAACGUCGACCGCCUCUGGGCCAACCCUGACUUCCCUCAAGAGUGCUCGAACCGCACGGACACGCGCUGGCUGAAGAUUUCGUCGCCACACACCCAGCUCAAAGCCCAGUUUGUGAAAUCUCCCGAGUCCAACGAUAGGCACCUAUUCGAUUUCAUGGCCAGCCACUACGAUGUUCAAGACAUCGACAAGGCUCAACACCCGUAUGAGCUUGAGGAGAAGAAGCAGCAGGAUGUCAUCCUGAGGCUUGAUGCUGAUCACCAUGGACUGGGGACUGGGUCGUGCGGCCCGAAGACUCUGGAGGAGUAUGCGCUCAAGACCGAGCCUUUCGAGUUCACGAUCCUAUUGCAGUGA